CUGUGGGCGUACUCAGCCAUGGCCCGGCCAGCGCCCGGCUCCGUGAUUGUCCCAGACUGGCACGAGACGGCCGAGGGCAAGGAGUACUUGGCCUGCAUCCUGCGCAAGAACCGCCGGCGGGUGUUCGGGCUGCUAGAGCGGCCACUGCUGUCCCCACCUGUGGCCAUCGACACUGCCAGCUACAAGAUCUUCGUGUCCGGGAAGAGUGGUGUGGGCAAGACGGCGCUUGUAGCCAAGCUGGCCGGACUGGAGGUGCCUGCGGUACAUCACGAGACCCCUGGCAUCCAGACCACGGUGGUGUUCUGGCCGGUGAAACUUCAGGCCAGCAGCCGGGUGGUCAUGUUCCGCUUUGAGUUCUGGGACUGCGGGGAGUCUGCGCUCAAAAAGUUCGACCACAUGUUGCCGGCUUGCAAGGAGAAUGCUGACGCCUUCCUCCUCCUCUUCUCCUUCACUGACCGUGCCUCCUUUGAAGACCUGCCUGGGCAGCUGGCCCGAAUUACAGGCGAGGCCCCUGGUGUGGUCAGGAUAGUCAUUGGCUCCAAAUUUGACCAGUACAUGCACACGGACGUGCCUGAGCGGGACCUCACCGCCUUCCGGCAGGCCUGGGAGCUGCCCCUCCUGCGGGUGAAGAGUGUGCCGGGCCGGCGGCUGGCAGAUGGGAGCACACUGGACAGCCGGGCUGGGUUGGCCGACGUUGCCCAUGUGCUCAAUGGCCUCGCUGAGCAGCUGUGGCACCAGGACCAGGUGGCGGCCGGCCUGCUUCCCACCCCUGCAGAGAAGAGCCCUGGCUGAGAGGUGGUGGCAUCAUGAGUGGGUACCUGUGGCUUCCACACCUAGCCCUCAGGUGACCCAGGACAGAGGCGAUAGGACCUGGGGCCUGAACCAGGGCAAGAAUACAGGUCCCACCCUGAGACCUAGUGGCCAAGGGUCCCCAUUUCCUGAAGGAAUAUGUGGCAGGGAGGCGGGACACAGGGCUCCGGGACAGGACCCCAGAGUCCAGAUGUUUCCCUGCCUCCCUGCCCUCCUCUUCUGCAGCACCCAUGGCGGGUGAUGGGGAUCUCAGCAGCUCCCUGUAUCUCAGGAAACUUCGACAAAGCUUUAUGAAUUGAGAUGACACCAUCCACUCUAUCAGAAAUGGCUGGGGACUUGGCUCAAUGGUUCCACCCCCUGCCAUGCAAGCCUGGUACCAAAAAAAAAAAAAAAUCCACUCUAUCAGAUAAACCCUGGAAUCCCAGUGGCCCAGCUCUAUAGAAGUGUUUUUCUCUUGCUUAGGUCUCUCCUCAGGAGGAGCGAAAGUGGAAACCCGUUCAGAGUCCCCAGGAUCUUCCCAGCUGACCCUGGGGCCCCAACAUCCAAUCUCAGACAGGGAGAGAGGGCACGUGGAAGGUCACUGGUCACUUUCUGUGGACCGGUCCUAGGCUGGGGUCCGUUUUGCCCACACCCUUUUGGCCAGCCCACUACUGGUCAUGGAGAGCUGUGGUGGGGCCAGAAGGUGCCCUGCCAUCUCCCUGUGUGCCCAGGAGGUGCACCCUCCUCGCCGGUGCUUCCCUUAUCACGAGGUUGCCAGGCUGGGCCCUGCCACCCCAGGAGUUAGAAAGCACCAGGCACAGGGACAGAGUGGACAUGGUGGGGAUCGGCUGUGAGCCGGGCUGAGGCUGCUCUGUCCCUUGGGAGGCCCAAGAGGAGAGGAGCAGGCCCGGCCUUGUGUCACCCCUGGCUCCUUAGCCAGAGCCUGGGAAAGAUCAGCUGAGUGGGGUGACAGGCGGCGUCCUGAUGACACCCUGCACCCAUGGGUGGAGCCCUGGCCUGAGUGUGACCCAGCUGGGAGGCCCCGGGACCCCCAGACCAGCUCAUUGUGGAGCUGCCUCCUGAGAAGGCACUGCACAGGCCACACUCGGUGACAUGCGCUGUUUCCUUUUGCCCCUGGCACUCAGGAGGCUCCUCACCCUUAGGACGCACCCCUAUCCUGGCCCACAGUCUGAGCAGUGGCCUGCAUGGCUGUGUACACUGCCCGCCCGUUCACCCUGGGCCCUGGUCUUGGCCCGAGGAGAGACGACUUUAGUAGUACCUCAGGACUCCAGCGAGGCCGAGCGUGGUCCCUGGCUGAUCCCACACCCAAGAAGGAAUAUGCCUGGGGGGACCCUGAGACAGACCCACAGGCCAGCUGCCAGCCCUGGGUAUCUGGGCAGUAGUGCAUUGUGGGUAGGCCCAGUGAAGGGGAGGGGACUGGCUAGGAGCCCCAGGCUGCAGGUGCUUGUGUGUUGAGCACCAGCUUCCACAUGCCCCCCCAGCAUCUCUGGGCUUAAUUUAGAGGACUGACCCAGACUCUCCCACUGCAAGGAAGCCCUGGGCAGCUGUGCUGUGCUCGGAGAAUUGACCCCCUCACCCACCUUCAGCCAGAGCCAAGCGGUUCCUGAGGAAGAGCAAAGCAGGAGGGGACACUGGUGCUGGGUUUGCAGCCUGGCCACAACCCAGCCAGGGCUGUAUUCUCAGGCCCCGCCCCAGGGCCAUUUCUGUACUUAGCAGGCCACCCAUUGGGCCGCUACCAAAGGGCCGGACUGGGAGCCAGCCAGGAGGGCAGAAAUCUCUAUUUGCCAAAGGCAGUGCCCUGUGGAGAGGACAGAAGAUGUGGGCUCUGGGCACAUUCAGGCUGACCCUGUGGGCCUGCUGUCAGUGGCCAGUUGAAUGCCCUGCUCCUGCCACCCUAAGGUCUGCAUUUUCAUUCUGCACUGAGCCCCAUAAAUAAUUUAGUCAGUCCUGGGCAUUAUGUCCAAGAAGGGUGUCUGGGCCACAGAUGCAGCUCCUCUUCUCAGAGCCACCUCAGUACAGUGUCGAGGUCGCUGGGAGCUGAGCGUGGUGGCGCAUGCCUGUAAUCUCGGCUACUCAGGAGGCCGAGAGCAGAACGGCAGCAUGGAGGCCAGCGGCUACUCAGUGAGACCCUGCCUCAGAAUUUAAAAAUAAAAGGUACUCAGUGGUACCUCUGGGUUAGAUUCCCCAGUACUGAAAAAAAAGAAAAAAGAGAGCCACAAGGAGCUGAAUGUGGUAGUGAGCUCUUAUAACCUCACCUACUUGGGAGGCUGAGGGAGACAGGAGGACAGAAUUCAAAGGCAGCCUGGAGAGCUUCACUGACUUAGUGAGACCCUGCCUCAAAAAUAAAGGGACUGGGAAGGUAGCUUAGUGCAAAGACCCUGGGCUCAAUCCUCAGUACCAGAAAAGAAAACAGCAAAACAGAAGUAAAAGCCAUGACAGCUUUUCAGAGGCAAGCACCCUGGGGACUUAAGACUCCCCGGACAGAAGGGAGGGGUGGUGGUCACAGCCCAGACCCAGAGGGUGAGACCAGGACAGUGGUGGCCCUGGUACCUUCUCAUGGCUCUGAGGGAGCUGGCGGGAGGGGGAUGCUGUCUUCUGCUGGGUAGGAACGGGGUAAAUGCAGCCCACCUCCUCCUCUGCCCUCCCCACAUCUUGCAGGCCGGGAUGCCGAAGCCCAGAGAGGGGCAGGCGUUUACCCAGGCUACAGAGCCCGGAAGCUGCUCUGAUGCUCCUAGCCCAUCUCCGUCAUCCCCCACCUCCCCUAGUUCUGCCUCCAGGCCCUGCCCCUCACAGGCUCCUACCUGGCUCUCCUGCUCUUUCUGUACAGCCCAGGGCUGCGUGGUGCUGGUGACUCCCUCUUCCCUUGUGUCCCCAGCCUUCUGGAGCACACUGAGCUGACAGGGGAGCUCCUGCCCGCUCCGGGAGGAGCCUGGCCUGGGAUGCUGGGGAGACCUGCAGGGGCUCCCGGGCUGGUGGGGGGCCUUGGGUGAGUCCUGGAUGGGACGGGCACCCUGAUCAUGUCCUAGACCUUCCUGGGCAGCGCGGCGCCAGUGUUGCCCUCUCGCGCUGGGCCUGGACUAAGGGAGGGCGGUCUGUGGUAAAAUGGGCAGGGGCUCAGGGUCCAGGGCAGUUUGGAGAGUGCAGAGGUGAGCCCGGGCUAGAGGGUGGGCCAGAGGGAGGAAUGGGGCUCGGAGGGUGGAGAGGACAGAAGGAAGAUGACAGCACUGAGUGAGCUGGGGCUGUCUCUGCCAUGCCCAUGUGCUCUUGUACGUGGACGUACAGUACGCUGUUUGCAGUACUUACAUGUAAGGUGUUCACACCGUGCCAGGCACCAAGUCAAGGGCACCGUAAAUGUUGGCAGCUGCCGUUGUCCUUGUUAUGAGAGGCUGAGCACUGGUGAGAGAGGAAGGAGAAGGGCUCAGGCCCAUCAGCAGGUGAAGCACUGCUCAGCCAGGGCUGGUGGCAUGGGGCAGAGGGAGGAGCUGGCUGGAGAACACCCUGUAGCCCAGCCUGGGCCCCUCACGCUCACCUCUGUGCCUGCUGGGCAGAGAACAGGACCCAGACAAUAAAUGAGUUCGCACCCCACAGAGAUUUACCUCCCAGACAACAGGAGCAAUUUUUUCCACAACAGAGAAACCAAAACCCAUGAUACCCAGCUGGGUGUGGUGACGCUUGCCUGUGAUCCCAGCACUCUGGGAGGCUGAGGUGAUUUAGCAAGACCUGGUCUCAAAAUUUUAAAAAAAGAAAAGAAAUUUAAAGGGCUGGAUAUGUACCCCAGCAUAAAGACCCACAACCACCCCAAAAGGGAAAAAUCUGUGUGACUUAGGACAGACUCUUGCAUGUCCCCGCUAACCUCAACUGAGGGGUGCCCCUGCCACGGGCCCUCCCUCAAAUCCCUUCCCUCCCCAGGCACCCUGCGGCCUCCCUUGUCCCUUUGCCUUGGAGGAACCCAAAUCCCUCUGCUCUGGAGCAGAUCCCCUUCACUUUUGGCUUUAGAGCGACUAAUGAACCCAGACCGCAGGCACCCGACAGGGAAGUGGGACAGAUCUGUCCUGCGUGUCCCCGACCCCUUGCCUCUGCGGUGGCACAGACUGCUCACGCAGGAGAAGUGGAGCUGCCCGCGGGUAGCAGAGCGGCGGCAGCUCACAGAAGCUCUUCCAAAAGCGGCCCGGACAAGAUCAGUUAGGUCUCGGUCAGGAUCGUAGUGGAGGAGGUUGGGGGGGUCUGGACCCCCUGAGACCCUGGCCUCCCAGGAGUACAGCCAGGUGGAGCACAACUUCAGGUGAGGGAGGUUAGGCUUGGCGGGGUGAGCCCAGGGGUGGAAGCUUCCCAGAUACCGGUGACUCUGUACCCCCAGGUCUAGCUCAGGCUGGACUCGGGACCUCGGUGAGGCUGCUGUGCCGGUGCACGCACAGAUGUCUGCAGCAUCCCGCAGGACUUAACACCUGCGCCUUCCCGGCCCAAACUGGACUGGCAGUGGGCGUGGCCUGCCAGGGAGGGGCGGGGCCAGCGGAGAGCCCAACAUGUCACUCAUCCCUUUGUCCCUUUUUGGCCAGCCUGAGAGGCUCCUCUAGCCGAACUUGCCUUAGGUCUCUGUCCCUGUCCCUUCUGAGCCUGGGAUCCUGGCUGUGCCUCAGCCUUCCCCCGCCCUGAUGCCCCGCUGUUCCAUCUGCCUUAGAUGCGCCUGUAAUUGGAACGCACCCAGCCCAGGCUGAGCCUCGCGGCAGAUGGGCGCCUGUCUCCCCAACCGUGGACUCUGGACUCCCGUGGUUGUAUUAGGGUCCACGCUAGGCAGAGGGCUGGGCUCCCGACUCCUGCUCUGCUCAGAUUCCUGGGCAGCGAUCCCCACAAUGCCUGCUUCAGUGAGCAGAUGCAGCAAGUGGGGAAAGGGCUGCUUGGGGAGGGUCCAGCAGGGACCUCCAGGGCACAGAGGUGACACCAGCCCUUCUUCCUGGAAGGUGGCAGAUCUCAGCCCCCACACUGCCUACCUGCUGGUUGAGGCAGCCUUCCCUAAACAAGGCACAGGUCCCAAGCCCAGUUAUCAGACAGCAAGGCACCGCGGGGCAGGGGAGAGGAUUCUGAGCCUUCCCUCAGUCCCUUUGAAUUGCCUGGGUACCAGUUGCCUGACACAGAUUCAGCCCUUGCCAGUUGCUCUGUCGCAGUGGACUUCCUGAGGUUGCUGGACUGUGUAUCAGAGCUCUCUGGGGUGAAGGUGCCCACCUGCCUUGCCUGGCUAGGUGGAAGAGGGCUGGGAGCUGGGCUUGGGCACAGAGAUGGGGGCUCCAGAGCUUUCUGUUACCCCUACAGGCUUCUACAUGGUCUGGCUGCCCCUCGUCU